AGCAGUUUUAACAACAGGGUUCCCAGAAGCACCACCAGGAUUGGAGUGCUCUAGGCUUUAGAAGAUGGGGUUCUGUCGCCUGUUGCUCUUAGCUAUUGUUCUCCUAACCUCAUGGUUCUCUACUGCCAAAGGUGAAGUGAGCCUUUGUGAUUUUCCAAAAAUAAGACAUGGAAUACUAUAUGAUGAAAAGAAAAAUGAGCCCUUUUCCUCUGUUCUUAGUGGGAAGAUUUUAUACUACUCCUGUGAAUAUAAUUUUGCAUCUCCAUCAAAUUCCUUCUGGACUCGCAUCACUUGCACAGAAUCAGGAUGGUCACCAACUCCGAAGUGUCUCAGGCUAUGCUUCUUUCCUUUUGUGGAAAAUGGUAAUUCUACAUCUUCAGGUCAAACCCAUGUAGAAGGUGACAUUGUACAAGUGGUCUGCAAUCAAGGCUACAGCCUUCAGAAUAAUCAGAGCACCAUCACCUGUGCUGAAGAGGGCUGGUCCAUUACCCCCAAAUGCAUUUCCACCAAUCCAACAGGGAAAUGUGGGCCCCCUCCACCUAUUGACAAUGGAGACAUCACCUCCUUGUCGUUACCAGUAUAUGCAUCAUUAUCAUCAGUUGAAUAUCAGUGCCAGAAGUAUUAUCUACUUAAAGGAAAUAAGACAAUAACAUGUAGAAAUGGAAAGUGGUCUGAGCCACCAACCUGUAUAUAUCCAACAGGGAAAUGUGGGCCCCCUCCACCUAUUGACAAUGGAGACAUCACCUCCUUGUCAUUACUAGAAUAUGAACCAUUAUCAUCAGUUGAAUAUCAGUGCCAGAACUAUUAUGUACUUAAGGGAAAGAAGACAAUAACAUGUAGAAAUGGAAAGUGGUCUGAGCCACCAACCUGUUUAUCUGCAUGUGUAAUAUCAGAAGCCAUUAUGGAAAGACAUAACAUACUUCUCAGAUGGAGACAAAGCGAAAAGGUUUAUAUUCAGUCAGGAGAGGAUAUUGAGUUUGGAUGUAAACCUAGAUAUAAAAGAGCAAAAGGAUCACUGCCAUUUCGUACACAGUGCAUUAAUGGUCACAUCAAUUAUCCCACUUGUAUGUUAAAUCACAAUACGUUUAUUCAUUGAUUUUAUUGUUUGUACGUUUGGGUUUUUUAUUUGUUUGGUUGUUUGUUUGCUUGUUUUUGUUUUUCAAGACAGGGUUUCUCUGUGUAGCCCUGGAACUCACUCUGUAGAUCACGCUGGCCUCAAACUCAGAAAUCGGCCUGACUUUUCCUCCCAAGUGCUGGGAUUAAAGGCGUGCACCAACACUGCCUGCUGAUUUUAUUGCUUAGAAAUGCACAUGAAUAUUACUGCUACAGUUUCAACUUCCAUUUGAAGUAUCAACUCAUUUCUUCUCAUAAAUAUAAACUUUUUAGUUAUAUGGUGAUCAAUUUGUAACUUUAAAGACAAUUGCCAAAAUGCAAAAGCAGUAAUACAAAACUCCUAAUCCAAAAUAUGAUAUGUCCAAGGACAAACUAUGUCAAACAAGAAAAUUUGAUGUAAGUUUUUCAGCAUUGUUUUUCUAUUCAGAACUUCCUCAGAUUUUCCUGGAUACCUUUUGAUGUAACGUUUUGAUUUAUAAUGAAUGAACGAUAUAUUGACUCAUUCUUCAAAUUAGUAUUAUUUCUGAAUCAUGUAACAACCAAACUAUCAUAUAUUAUAGUACUAAUGCAUAUAAUUAAAAACUAUCUAAUACUUUCAUAUCAAUAAAAAAAUCUAAGG